AUGAGCUCUAUCAAGGAGAAAGGUCCUAAGAACGGCUUGUCUGCUGUGGUAGACUUCGAACAGGGGCAAACACAGCUCGGAACGGUUCAUGAUGUGCACAACCUCACGGUUCUUGGCUACAAGCCGGAAUUACAACGCAACCGAUCUAUGUUUACGCUGUUGUUCCAAUCCUUAGCUAUCGCGGCGAUACCGUAUGGCUUCGGUGGUCCCCUUAUUAGCGCUAUAUAUGGAGGUGGCCAAUUGCCAAUGUUUCUGGGAUGGAUUGUGGUAUUGAUUCUCGGCGAAUGCAUCGCUUUAUCAUUAGGCGAGUUGGCCUCCAGGUAUCCGACUUCAGCAGGGCCCUACUACUGGAGCUUCCAACUCUCUAGCCCGAAAUAUCGCACAGUUCUUUCCUUCAUCUCCGGAUGGACCUGGCUUAUCGGCAACUGGACCAUCACACUAUCCGUCAACUUCGGGUUCGCGUCUCUGCUCGCUGCAGCGGUGUCGUUAUUCAAGCCGGACCUUGUAAUAACAGACUGGCAGCUUUUGCUCAUCUUCUAUGGCGUCUGCCUUUUUACGUUCUUUUUAGUCGCCUUUGGCAAUAAGUUUCUUCCUAUGGUCGACACGACAUGCGCUAUAUUCACAGCUAUCAGCAUCGUGGUCACUUGUAUCUGUCUAUCUGUGAAAGCGGAUGUUGGCAGGCAUUCCGCAAGCUACACUCUGGGACAUUACGACACGUCGCUCUCUGGCUGGAAUAACUUUUCUUUUUGGAUUGGCGUCUUACCUUCGGCUUACACGUUCUCCGCCAUUGGAAUGAUUUCGUCAAUGGCAGAAGAGUGCGGUGAUCCCACCGUAAAGCUUCCUAACGCUCUAUCUCUCUGCAUACCUGUUGGUGGUAUUGCUGGAUUAUUCUUCAUUAUUCCUCUGUGCGCCACAUUGCCAGACUUGUCGGACAUACUCGACGCACCCGUAGGCCAAGCGUUACCAUAUAUCUUCGGAAGAGUCAUGGGAACACCUGGAGGUGGUCUCGCGCUCACUGUGCUCGUCCUUAUAAUCACCCUAUUUUGCUCAAUCUCCAUUACUUGUGCGGCCUCCAGGUGCACGUGGGCCUUCGCGCGAGACAAUGCCAUCCCGCUUGCCGGCCUCUGGUCAAAGAUCGACGAACGCCACGGCUCGCCGAUCUGGGCGCUUGUCCUCACCACUCUCAUCCAGAUGCUCCUUGGGCUAAUCAAUCUCGGAUCUUCGUCGGCAUUUCUUGCCUUCGUGUCGGUCGGCGUUAUAUCCCUGGCCGUAUCUUACGGAAUACCGAUCGCCAUAUCGCUGCUGCACAGACGCAAGGAAGUCAACAGCGCCAAGUGGACUAUGGGGAGAUACUUAGGAUUGGUUGUUAAUUUGCUGGCGAUGCUUUGUGUGUUUUUGGAGGUCGUAUUGUUUUCGAUGCCUACUGCGCUACCGGUUACUGAGGUUAGUAUGAACUACGCGAUCGUAGUUUUCGCCGGAUUUAUGGUUCUUAGCGCGGUAUGGUAUGGUAUAUACGCUCGAAAAGUAUACCGGGGGCCCCCUGAGUCAGACGGACUCGCGGUUGAUUCAUAG